AUGGCACACGACGCGCCAAGUCUCCAUCGCCACCGGCGGCGACGCCAUCGCAGCAGGAGCCACAGCCACGGACGCAGCUCUCGCUCCUCCUCCCAUCGACACGCACAUCGCGGCCGCUCUCAACCCCACUCGUUGUCGUCGCACUCUUCGUCCAGCGACGCGUCCCGCUCCAGAUCGCGCUCACGUGAUCGUCGUCGCUCGUCCAAGUCGCGCGACAAACGCCGCAAGAAACGGUCCAAGACUGAUCGGCGCCACUCACAAUCUUGCUCGGCGUCGCGCAGUCGUUCUCUAGAUCGACCAAGUGGCAGCUCCAAGAAGAAGAAAAAGGAGAAGCGGAAGAGCCACAAGAGUUCCAGGAAGAGCAGCAGACGGAGCAGAAGUAGGAGUGAGGUGAGGGUAAAGAAGGUGGAGAGAAAACGAUUCGAGUCGAAAGACGAAGAGGAGGAGAAACCAAUCAAUGAACGGGCUCGUGUGGUGGACGUGAAGCCUAUUGAUCAAGGCACUGCUGCCGAGGCAGCUCCCGAGGCACUUGUUGAUAGCCAGACCGCUGUUGAUGGCAAGCGCGUGCGCUCUAGCUCAGUGGAAAGGAGGGAAGUUGUCGAUCCUGUGACUGCUACACCGGCGUCGAGUGGAGGUGCCACACUGAAGAAGUUCAAGUUCAGCGGCAUCUCGUUCAAGUCUGGCAAUCCGACAUCGCAGAAGAGUCAAAGUACUACGCAGAAACCUGCAAUUUUCCUCAGUGGGUUGGACGAAGGCAACAACGACUCUAAACCUGGGGACAAUAAUAUUGCAACAGAAGAGACACGUGAAUUGUUGCAGGAGGAAAAAACUAAGCAAAAGAAAGAAGAGCGCGCGAAGUUUCUAGCGGAAGAAGAUGCAGUACCAAAGCAGCUGGCAUUGUGGCUACCAGAAGACGAAGAGAAAGGUGAAACGCUGGAAGAGCGAAAAAGACGAAUCGAGGCAGAAGCUCAGCAGCGUGAGCGCGUCCAAAAGGUUGUCGAAGAGAUUGACCCACUAGAUGCCUAUAUGGCUGGUCUCGUCGAUGAGGCAGCUAUAAAUCAAUCUCGCGCCAAUCCUGCUGCCAACGUGAUCUCGCAGUCCGAGAUCGAGGCAAAGGGAAAAAUCAAUAUUUAUGGUACGUUUUUGCCUCCAGAUGCACCCGAAAAAUCGAAUGUAGCUGUGCUGUCGCCGUCGAAGGAUUCCCAUGCAGAUAGUUGCACGAUGAUCGAAACGUCUGAAGAAUGUGAAGCUCGUGAAGAGCGUGAACUCUCGGAGUUUAUGCGAGCGAUCAAAGAAAAACGUGAACAAGAGGAAAAGAAGGCUGCUGGUGUUGCCUCAACAGCUAAGAUGAGUACACAGAAUGGCGUCGGAUCAGAAGCUGGAGAAGACCCGAUGCUACAGAAGGGUGAUACGGGGCGAAUUUAUCAAGGCUAUGAAGAUGACGUUUUUGUUGAAGACUCCAAGCUGGUGGACCAAAGAUCCGCGCUGGAAAUUUUGCAAGAACAGCAGAAGAAGAAAGAGAUCAAGCCUGUGGAUCAUGCGAAGAUAACUUACCUGUCGCUUCAAAAGAAGUUUUAUGUCGUUCCUAAAGAAAUUAUGGAUUUGUCGGAGGAAGAAGUGGAGGAGCAACGCAAGGAAUCUGAGAUAAAGAUCCGUGGUAAGAAUUGCCCGCGUCUGCUGCAAAAGUGGAUUCAGUGUGGCUUCAGCAUCCGAAUGCUUCAACUUAUCAAGAAGCAUGGUUACGAAGAGCCGUUUGCCAUUCAAAAGCAGGCUCUGCCCGCCAUCAUGUCAGGGCGUGACGUGAUCGGCAUUGCCAAAACAGGUUCGGGAAAGACGUUGGCAUUUCUCCUUCCCAUGUUUCGUCAUAUUCUUGCUCAACCUCCUUUGCAAGAAAACGAAGGGCCGAUUGGAAUCGUCAUGGCACCUGCUCGAGAACUCGCUCAGCAGAUUUAUGUUGAGGCUCGAAAAUUUUCGAAGGGCCUCGGCUUGCGUGCUACUGCAGUGUACGGGGGGUCAUCUGUCUCUGAGCAAAUUGCUAACCUAAAGCGCGGGUCAGAUAUUGUGAUCUGUACACCAGGACGCAUGAUUGAUAUUCUUUGCAUGAGCGCUGGCAAGAUGGUUUCGCUCCGGCGUGUGUCGUACGUGGUGCUGGACGAAGCUGACCGCAUGUUUGAUAUGGGUUUUGAGCCGCAGAUCACGAAAAUUAUGAUGAACAUCCGGCCAGAUCGGCAAACUUUGCUAUUUUCAGCAACCUUUCCUCGCUCUGUGGAAUCAUUGGCACGGAAGGUGCUACGAAAACCUGUGGAAAUUACGGUUGGUACACGCAGUACGGCCUCCGGCGAUAUUACGCAAUACGUUGAGGUUCGCGAAGAAGAUGACAAGUUCAUGCGGCUUUUGCAGCUUCUCGGUUUGUGGUAUGAGAAGGGAAACAUCCUUGUAUUUGUGAACAAGCAGCAAGCAUGCGACCAGAUUUUCCAAGAUUUGAUGAAAGCAGGAUAUCCAGCACUUUCGCUACAUGGUGGAAAAGAUCAAGUGGAUCGGGACUACACUAUUGAUGAUUUCAAACGAAAGGUGCGAACCGUGAUGGUGGCGACAUCUGUCGCUGGUAGAGGUCUUGACGUGAAAGAUUUGAUUCUUGUCAUCAAUUACCACUGUCCCAAUCACAUGGAAGACUACGUUCAUCGUGUGGGACGGACCGGGCGAGCCGGUCGGAAGGGCACAGCCUACACGUUUAUUUCCCCGGAUGAGGAGGAGUACUCAGUCGACCUUGUGAAAGCCUUGGAAAAUGCCAAGCAGAUUGUCCCACCUGAACUAUCAGCACUUGCAGAAGAGUUCAAAGCAAAGGUUACACGCGGAGAAGCGAGAUAUCACGGUAGUGGCUUCAAAGGCAAAGGCUUCACGUUUGACGAAACGGAAAAGAACGAGACCCAGCGCACGGCGGACCUUCAGAGGCGUCAGUAUGAACUGGACCAGGGCAUCCUGAUUGAGGAAUCUGGCACCGCUGACGACGACGAUGCGGACGAGUCAAGCAAAGAGCAAACUGGCAUUGCGGCUGACAAGCAGUCUGCUCAUGCUGGUCUGAAGUCGAUACCUGUCGAUAGUAAAGCAAUGUCAGCUUUCAUCAAGGCGCAGAAGAUCAUUCAAAAUCUAUACUUGCAGUACAAGGGAAACGGGGACGGCAGUUCUGGAGAGAACCACUUUGUUGAAGAGCUCGAGAUUAACGACUACCCCCAGCAGGCUCGCUGGAGAGUCACCCAGAAGGAGGCAAGUGACUCAGUUGCCGAGCUCACUGGGGCAGCUGUCAUCACAAGGGGAUCAUACAUUCCUGCUGGCCGCAAACCCAAUCCGUCAGAACGAAAGCUCUACCUGGCUAUUGAGGGUUCAACGCAAUCCUCUGUGAUUGAGGCGAGACGAGAACUACAACGCAUCCUGGAUGAAACCACGAUGCAAGUAGGCCUCGGCGGCGACAAAUAUGGAAAGUACAGUCUGUAA